AUGGGACAAAGCAAGAGUAAUCCCCCUCAAGUGCCUUCUGGUUGGAAGGCGGUGUUUGAUGACGAGUACCAAACUUGGUUUUAUGUAGAUUUAUCGACGAACAGCUCCCAGUGGGAAGCACCCAAGGGUACCACAUGGUCAAGACCUACAGGUCCCCCACCAGGUGCUAGCAAUGAGAAAAGUGCACGUCAACAGGCAGAUCAAGCUCCUCCAGCGUACUCUUCACAGUCGCAACCUCAGGCGCAAGCUCAGCAAGCUCGCUACUAUCAGCCCCAACAGGCUCAAUACCCUCAACAACAACAAGCCUACUAUUCACAGCAACCCCCCAUGGCAGCAGCAGCACCACAGCAAGCAUACUAUGGUGCCGCCCCAAACGCUAAGAAAAGUGGUGGGCGUAGCAACGCCAUGAUGGGUGGUCUACUCGGUGUUGGUGCUGGUUUAUUGGGUGGAGCCAUGCUGGAAAAUGCAUUUGAUAACCACGACCAAGAUAAUGUCUAUGUCGAAAACAACUACUACGGUGAUGACAAUGGUGGUGACUUCGACGGUGGCUAUGACGGCGGAUUUGACGGCGGAUUUGACGGUGGAGAUUUUUAA